AUGAACAUUUGUGCUAUCCGUCACAUUCCAUACUCAAAUAAAAACAAUAGAAGAUAAAUUGUAGUUGAUUAAAAUAGAGCCAAGAGUUAACAAGGAUCAAGAUUGAAUUCAGCAACUCAUUAUAGAUGUUCAACCCAACAGAGUAAUAAUCAAACACCAAAUCAAGGAAAAUUGCAAUUUUAUGAAGUAUGAUCAGAUAUCUUUUGAAUCUUAGAUUCAACCAUAUGUUGGCCAACUAAUCAAGGUACUAUUUAUCUCAACUCAAUUUAGAACUAGUAAUAAUAAUUUGUCUCAACUUAAUUAACAAAGAGUCCAUCCUUUCGAGUUAAGAAUUAUCAUCCUUAGGAUAUUAUUAAAACUUAAACAUAAUAAUCAAGCUAAAAUUAAUUGUAAUCUAAGUAAACAUUGAAUAAAUUAAAGCAUCGAAAAGAUUGAAAGAAUGAAUCGCAUGAAUUUUUUAGGAGAUUUGCUUCAAUAAAUGGAUGGAAAAAAUCAAUAGACAAGAUAAUCUAUUGUUACUGAAUUAGCAACAGUUCCUAAAAAUAAAAUUGAUAUAUUCAAUAUUAAAAAUCAACAAGAGUAGAAUAUUGAAGAAUUACAUUUUUAUUUAGUUGAAUCUUAAUAAAGAAUAAAAUAACAUGCCUGUGUUAUAGAAUAAUAAAAAUAUCAUAGUUGA